AUGGCCAUGGAAGAUAGAACUAUUAAUAUUGACGAAACAGAUAAUGAAUCAGAUUGUGAGGUACAUGAAAUACAAUGGAAACCAUGUCUUGAAAUGGAGUUUGAUUCUGAAAAUGCGGCUUAUGAUUUUUACAAUAAUUAUGGUGGUAGAGUCAGUUUUAGUAUUCGGAAGGAGUCCAAAAAUAAAAGUCAGAAGAAUGGAAAAAUGACAUCUAGGUUGUUUGUAUGUAGCAAUGAGGGUUUAAAAGUACACCUACAUGAUACCAUCGCAGCGAAAAAUCAGCUCAGUGCAAGGUAUUAUGUGGAGUUAGGUUGUGAUUUUGGAAUAGCAGUUCGUAAAGCCUUCGAAUUAAGCUCCAAACAAGUUAGAGGUAUAGAAGCAAUUGGCUACACCAAGGUUGAUGUACAAAAUUAUAUUAAGACAAGAGGCAGAAUGAGCUAG